AUGAGCGAGUGGGCGCCUGGUCAUUUUGGAGAAGACCAUGAGGCGAGCUCUCCAGACUCCUCCGUGGACUCCAUGUGCUCUUCCCCGGAGAUGUUCUAUCCAGGCGGGUCUCGGGACUCGGAGUUCUCCUUUGGUUUCGGUGGACGCAGGACUUCCAGCGGCGCGCACCGGCAGAUCAAGUCGAAGAUGUCCACCAAGAGGCGCAUGAAGGCCAGCGAGAGGGAGAAGCUGAGGAUGCGGUCCCUGGCGGAAGCCUUGCACCAGUUGAGGGAUUACCUGCCCCCGGAUUACACCAAGAGAGGACAGCCGCUCACCAAAAUACAGACCCUCAAAUGCACCAUAGAAUACAUCAACAAACUUUCGGACAUUUUAAGCCAUGCGUAA